AUGGACAGCGGUGCGAGUGAGAGUGUAAGCGCGGAGCGGCGUCGCGCCUCCGGCGGGGAGGGUCGGCGGUGGAAGGUGUUCUGCUCGCGCAACAUGCCCGACGUGGCGCUCGAGCUCACCCGCGAGGUGGCCGACGUCGACCUGUGGGACGGCGAGGACGCGCCCCCUCACGACGUGCUCCUGGAGCGUCUGCGGGACUGCGACGGAUUCAUCUCACUCCUCACCGACCGCAUCGAUGCCGACCUCAUGGACCGCUGCCCGCGCCUCAAGGUCAUCACCCAGCUGGCCGUCGGCUUCAACAACAUCGACAUUGCGGCUGCCACCGCUCGCGGCAUCUACGUCACCAACACCCCCGACGUCCUCAACGAGACCGUCGUGGAGACGACCUUUGCUCUGCUCUUCGCCAUGGCCCGCCGUAUCGUGGAGGCCGACAAGUACGUGAGGGAUGGCCAGUGGAAGAUUUCGUGGCAUCCGCUCAUGAUGCUGGGCUCGGAUUUGUUCGGCGCUAAGCUGGCGAUCGUGGGGCUGGGUCGCAUUGGCAAGAGGGUGGCUCUCAUCGCCCAGGCCUUUGGCGCCGAGGUCAUCUACUUUGACGAGUACCGCUCCCUGGAUUUCGAAAAGGAGCACAACGUCAGGUGGCUGCCUCUCGAUGACCUGUACAAGGAGGCCGACUUCAUCUCCCUCCACGUCAACCUCACGGACUCGACGCGCCACAUGAUCAAUGCCCGUUCUCUGGCCCUCAUGAAGCCGACGGCCAUCAUCAUCAACACGGCCAGGGGUCCCGUCAUCAACCAGAAGGACCUCACUCAGGCCCUCAAGGAGAAGAAGAUCGGCGGAGCUGCCCUCGACGUGUUCGAGCAGGAGCCCAUCGACCCGUCGGACGAGCUGCUUUCGCUGACCAACGUGGUGGUGGCCCCGCACGUGGGAUCGGCCUCCUUCCGCACCCGCUUCCUCAUGGCCCAGAUGCAAACGCCAGCCAGCACUAACGCGCACGUGGUUGCCCGGAGGAUGGCUGCAGAAAUCGUGGGCAAGAACCAGCAGGCCUUCUGGCGGGGCGAGCGUCCGCCGCAGCUCGUGAACGCUGACGUGAUGCGCGUCAAUCCUUGA